AUGCCCACACGGGUCAUUGAUGUUGACAUCCAGAAUGGCUCGAACGAGGUGCGCCUCUUUCAUCCACCCAAAGGGUACAACUUUCCAUACGUUGCUCUGAGUCAUUGCUGGGGCACAUCCAAGGUGCCAAUUUCAUGCAAAACAACAAGGGGAAAUAUCCUCAAUCACCAGAAACAGAUCUUGACCUCGAACCUGCCAAGUACUUUCCAGGAUGCUGUUUACAUAGCGAGAAAGCUUAAUAUUCGAUAUCUAUGGAUUGACUCACUCUGCAUUAUUCAAGACGAUGCAGACGACUGGGAAAUUGAGUCUGCGAAGAUGGCUUCUAUUUAUCAGAAUGCCUACCUCACAAUUGCCGCCACGGCUUCAGCUUCAAGUCAAGAUAGUCUUUUGAAUCCUCGACUGCCUGCGACGUCACUACGCAAAUCGCCGCUGUUGCGGCGAGCCUGGGCCUUUCAAGAGAUGAUCCUGUCGCCUCGGGUACUUCACUUUGCAGAAGACCAGCUGUAUUGGCAAUGCCGAAACGAUCUGUUUUCAGAGGAUGGUCUAGUCCGGCUUGUUUCACCUUUACAGAGCAAUUUUCGGUCUGGCAAGUUCAUCUCGCAGGACGAGUAUGGAGGUUACAAACUUUGGUGGGAAUGGAUUCAGGUGUACAGUACACUCGGAUUAUCUCACACGGGCGACAAAGCAGCCGCGCUGGCAGGGCUGACAAACAUGUAUCUUAAGACACGAGAGGCAGGCGAUCAACCCCUGGCGGGUUUAUGGCGGAACGAUCUCCAUUUCGGACUCCUAUGGUACUCUGUAGGCUCCAGGCGAUUGACAUAUCUUGAUCAUGUGCCCUCAUGGUCCUGGUUCAAAGUUGAUGGCCCCAUC